AUGUGGGAGGACCUUAGGAGAUUGAUUGCCACAGCUCAAGGACCCUUGUUGUGCAUGGGGGAUUAUAAUGCAGUGUUACAAGCCGAAGAUAGACUGCAAGGUACUAAAGUACAAGAUAUAGAGGUUAAAGACUUCAAUGAUUUCAUAAUAGACACUGGUUUGCAGGAGAUGAAAACAGUUGGGGAUCAUACCAGGUUCCUACCAAUAGUAAAGCAAGCAUGGCAAGGAGAGACAAAUAGGAGCAUGAAAGUUGUCAGGAAGAAACUCAAAAGAGUUAUCAGAGCUAUUAAAGAGUUGAAUAAUACUGAAUUCAGGGGAGUUAGGGACAUGAUUCAGACCAUUAGAACACAGCUACAUCAAAUUCAACAUGACAUGAUAGAUUACAGGCAAGUGAACGAUAAAAAGGACCAAGAGAAGGCACUGAAACAACAACUAGAGAAAUGGAGUCUAAUUGAGGAGAGUGCUAUGAGACAAAAGUCAAGGGUGCAAUGGUUAAAUCUAGGAGAUGCAAACACAAGUUAUUUAUUUGCUUACAUGAAGAAUAGGCUGGCACAUAAUACUAUAACUAAUUUUACAACUGCUGCAGGUAUCAGUGUGUAUUCUCAAGAAGAAAUUGAAAAGGAAACUAUUACAUUUUAUCAGGAACUGCUUGGUCAGAAUGCAUAUAGGUUGCCUAGUGUGGAUAAGCAAAUAAUGAAGGAAGGUGGGAAGUUGAAUAGAGAACAACAAUUGAAGUUAGCAGCUCCAGGAAUUAAUGAUCUAAAAGCUCCAGGGAAGGAUGUGCUCAAUGCUGUUUUUUUCAAGAAAGCUUGGCCAGUGAUAGGAGAGGAGCAAAUCAUAGCUAAAGUCAUCACUGCAAGGUUAAAACCUGUUAUGGAAACACUAGUGGAUCCAAAUCAGUCAGCUUUUGUACCAGGGAGGGCUUUGAAUGAUAAUGUGAUAUUGAGUCAUGAAUUGAUUAAAGGGUAUGGUAGACAAGGAAUUUCAAGGAGAUGUAUGGUGAAAGUAGAUAUGAGGAAAGUAUAUGAUUCCUUGAAAUGGUCAUUCUUGGAACAGCUUCUGGAGGAGCUUCAAAUGCCAGCCAAAGUCAUUCAGUGGAUCAUGCAAUGUGUUACUACAAUCACUUAUUCUAUCCAGAUAAAUGGACAUAUCACAACUCCUUUUAAGGCCAAGAGGGGAGUGAGACAAGGAGAUCCAAUGUCUCCUUACCUAUUUGUGCUAGCCACGGAUUACUUGACUAGAAUUUUAAAGAACUUGCAGAAAAAUCCUGAUUUCCACUAUCAUCCUAGAUGCAAAAAACAGAACAUAGUGCAGUUGAGCUUUGCUGAUGAUCUGCUAAUGUUUUGUAGAGGUCUGGUUGCAAAUGAAGAAAAGAGUAGUGUCUAUUUUGGAGGAGUUAAUAAACAACAGCAAGAGGAGAUUCUGCAGGAGCUACAAUAUGUGAAAGGUGAACUACCUUUUAGCAGAGGUGUGGAUGAGUAUACUACAUUGGCAGGGAAUAACAAGAAAUGCAAUGAACUGGACCAGUGA